AUGGCUACCAGCGCAAAUGGACAGCCUCGCACCGGCGGCCCAAAUGGCGGCCGAGCUCCGUUUCGGCACAUUGAGGAUCUGGUCAACGUCGAUGUCGGCGUUGGCCUUGAUCCCCAUUCGCCACUUCGCAAGGUCCUCCAGGCUGGUGACACACACAUGCGACAGGCCAUCACGUACAACGAUUUCAAGCGGCCAGACCUUGCGCUCCAGGAAUACAUCCGCGCAACCACAAUCGCAGUAAUCACGAUACCCAGGCACAAGGACUACCCUGCUUUGAAGGCCGACCGGGGGGAUCUCGGUCGGCUGUAUCAGGCACUCAAGUCAAAGAUUAAUUCUAGCUCGACCACGUUCGAGCAAAUCAAGGAAAUGAUCAAAGAGGAUAAUAGGAAGAGCGGCAUUCAACCAGCAAGGCGACAGGCCGCAACAGGAAGUAGCACGCUUUUUGCCAAUCUCCCAAGCGUCCCAACAUCGAAUCCGUCCUCUGAAUUCCAGGGUGGUCAAAUCAACGGAAAACAGUCGGCGCAUUCCCGAAGCCAGUCUGUACAAAGCUAUGGAGGCGGCCUGAGAUCCUCAGAGCCCGCGCCAGCGGCAAAUAGGGUCAAACCACAAGUCCACCCUAAACCUCAAUCUCUGCAUGGAAACGCCCUAAAGCAGCCGAGCUUGUUUACGCCUUCCGAAGAUUUGAGCAGUCGCUUCGCCAGGUUGCAGAAUCCGUCUGGCGCCCGCAACCCCGUGCCUCUCGCGGAGUGGACUUUCCCGACUUCUGGAUCUACAAGCGGCUCCUUUGCUGGGCCCGCUAUGGGUGAUGCCGUACCAAAUAUGCCCAAGGCUCCAGAUGCGAUAUACAGUCCAGCCCGUGGUACCGUCACCAGCGAAGUGGCAAAUCUCCCGUCAAGCACACCCCGAGGCAUGUUCAGUAGGACGAAUUCGAUUGUCUCCGCACCCAGCGAGUCCGCAAGGACCUCUAUGGAACGGGCCAUCAAGACUUUCAGCAAGGAUCAAGUCUCUUCUGGCGCCAACUCGGAGGUUGAGCUCGUGCCUCAGCCAACAGGCGCUACGAUCCCUGCUGGAGACACAAUCACCACUUCUGACUUGCUCAGGUACAUGAGAAAGGGGUCCACUCAAAUAUCUUUGCUCAUUAUCGACGUUCGGAGCCGUGGACAAUUCGAUGAUGGCCAUAUCAUGUCCCAGAGAACAAUAUGCGUGGAUCCAGAAAUUCUGAUGCGAGAGGGCAUCUCGGCUGAUGAUAUCGCCGACAGCAUGGUCCUUGCACCUCCAAAAGAGCGAGUACAUUUCGAGAAUAGGCACAAAGUCGAUUUGGUCGUAAUGUACGACCAGGACACGGCCACUGUCCCUCGGCAAAUAUCCUCUAACAUCGAAGAGAAUGUGCUGUUCAACCUGGUACAGGCUCUCACGAAUUACAACUUCAGCAAGCCACUUGUCAACCCGCCCAAGCUCUUAGUUGGUGGGUUGACUGGCUGGACCGCAGUCUUGGGCGAGCAGUCGUUGGCGACUUCCACAACUAGUUUCGGAGAAAGGUCCACGCCAGCAUAUAACACUAAGCUUUCCGUGCCCAGCUCUCGCAACCGGAGUGCAUCUAAAACGCAGACAGUCGACCUCAGCCAAACGGAAAUUGAGAAGUGGAACGAGAGGGUUCACCGGAGCACUGAUGAUUUCCUCCGCCGAUUCCCUUCCAUAGAAAGUCAACAAGAAUCCAUGAUGGCGCCCGUUCACGCCCAGAGGGCAGUGGUCCCUGCUCCUUCGCACGACCAACACCGACACCUGUAUAGCGGUAUCUCUCCCUCUCCGCCAACCAGACCUGCACCCGCUUUGCCACGGACCAGGUACUCUGGCCUUGAGUCCAAGGAAGAAAGUGGCAGCCCGGCUUCACGACAGAAGUUCUCGGGGGCUGUGCGCGGGGCUGCCAAGACUGGUCUUGUCAAUAUGGGAAAUACAUGCUUCGCCAACUCAACCAUCCAGGCACUGCUCGCUGCACCGCGAUUCUCGGUGGAAUUGACAGAGCCGGAGUGGCCCACGAACUACAAGCCUCGCAGUGGAACCACAGAUAAAACGCCACAGCUCAUGUCGCGCAUCAUGGGCAACAUGUUUCAAUGGCUCAAAAAGAGAGAGUUCUCCGAGAUGAGACCGACAACGUUUAUGAACUACCUCAACUCAAUACACGCAGGCUAUACCAUCAUGGAACGAAACGGCAGGAAUCGCUUCACAAAGUUUGGUGACGGCUCGCAACACGAUGUCACCGAACUGAUGACAUUCCUCUCUGACCAGCUUGACCUUGAAACCCAGCGCAACCGGCCCGAGUCCAAUCAUCCGCCGCGACUGCCAGCCAUUAAGGAUCCAAGCAACCCCAUGCGUGAUCUCGCUAACGACUGGCUGAGAUACUACAACACGGAAGGCGGCUCAAUCAUCGACAAGUACUGGCGGUAUCUCAAUACACAGCAACUGACGUGUAGGCAAUGUGGGGCACAGAACUACACGGUCGAUCUCAAGGAGGAUCUUUGGGUCACGCCCCAGCAGCGACAACACGGGGAAACUGAUACGCUAGAGUCCGCCCUGAGACGAGAGUUUGUCAAAGAGCUGCUCGAGUCUGAAUGCGACACCUGCAAAGCAAAGGACAAGGAGCUCACGCCGCGCAUCGGGAGACUGCCUCCCCUGCUGCGCGUCGGCCUGCGCAGGUUCGACGGAGCGACGUUCCAGAAGAACGUCCACCCCAUCCAGUUCCCCUUCAAAGACCUGGACCUCAGCAACUUCUGCCACGACGAGGCCGAGCGCAGCAAGCUCCGUGGCUACCCGCAGCUCGUCGAGACUGGCGGCGGCUUCUCCGAGCCCUGCCAGUAUGACCUCUUUGCCGUCUUGUCGCACGCCGGCAGCGACGCCUCGGCCGGCCACUACGUCUGCCGCGUCAAGGACGGCGCCACUGACACGUGGUGGUACUGCAACGACAGGUCCACCAGCGCGGAAGACUUUGGACCCCUGCUCGAGGCGCGCAGGACGCCCAAUGCUGGCAAGAAGCGAUACAACGAUACAGUAGAGCGAAUAUGGAACUGCGACGGCGGGUUUACGCCGUACAUGCUGUUUUAUAAGCGCAGGGAUAUUCCCUGGGAAGUUUAG